AUGGGUCUUUUAACAAUCAUUAGAAACCAGAAAAGGAAGGAGAAGGAAAUCCGAAUGUUGGUUUUAGGUCUUGAUAACUCAGGCAAAACUACCAUUAUUAAAAAUAUGUUACAUGAAGAUGUGAACAGCAUUUCACCAACUAUGGGCUUUCAAAUCCAGUCGUUGCUUUAUAAAGAGUAUACAUUGAACAUGUGGGAUAUUGGGGGACAAACAAGUCUAAGGGCAUUUUGGAGUAAUUAUUUUGACAAGACCGAUGUUGUAUUAUGGGUUAUUGAUGGUCUCAGUUUGGAGCGAAUAGAAGAGUCGUACCAAGAGUUACGCGGCAAAAUUAUUGAACAGGAUAGAUUAGUUGGGGUAUAUUUGUUGAUUUCCAUUAAUAAGACUGAUUUAAUACCAGAAAGCGAAGUGGAACAAUUAAAGGAAAGCGUGAGUCGACUUUUGCAGUUAGAGGAGGUAAUUCCCGAACGAGAUCAUUGGAGCAUUGAAUUAGUCAGUGGCAAAACAGGUGCCGGAAUUGAGAAAGUAUUAGAUUGGGUUGUUUCAAGAGAGUAUUGA